AUGUUAUACGAUGGCUUGCUGAUCAUCGCUAUCUGGAUGGCCACCCUCCUCGUCUGGGUGAUUGCAUCAGGUGGCGAAGCUGUCACCGGCUGGCUGAUUCAACUGGUUCUGUUCAGUCAGUGGCUGGGUUUUUAUCUGUACUUCUGGUCUCGCCAGGGGCAAACCCUGGGUAUGACUGCAUGGCGCAUCAAGCUGGUGAAGCCGGACGGUACAGCACCGGAUUUUCUGCAGCUGCUGAAACGUGCUGCUGUCGCGCCGAUCUCCUUAUUUUGCGUUGGCCUCGGCUACCUGUGGUUCUAUGUUGGAGAUCAGCAGCAGACCUGGCACGACCGGGCCAGCCAGACUCUGGUUGUGCACAUACCCAAACCCUGA